AUGUCUGCUACAAGUAAUUUGCUUACAGGUCAAACUACAAUAGUUGUAUUGGGUGCUUCGGGUGACCUUGCGAAAAAGAAAACUUUCCCGGCUCUUUUUGGUCUUUAUCGUAAUGGAUUUCUUUCGGAGAAUACUCAUAUCGUGGGCUAUGCGCGUUCAAAGAUGGAUUUAGCUCAAUUCCGUCAACGAAUUUCUCAAUUUAUCAAAACUCCAGUUGAAGAAGUAAAGAAACAACUUGGUGAAUUUCUUGAACUAUGCACGUAUAUUUCCGGCCCGUAUGAUGUUGAUGAGGGAUAUCAGCAUUUGAAUGAAGAGUUUGAAAAAAUUGAAAAGGAUAUACCUGGUGAUAAAAAUCGCGUAUUCUACAUGGCAUUGCCUCCAAGUGUCUUUAUACAAGUAGCCAAAGGCCUCAAAAAGAAUGUUUAUUCGACAAAAGGUAUUAAUCGACUAAUAGUAGAGAAACCUUUCGGUAUGGAUUUGGAAAGCUCCCGUGAAUUGGGAAAAGCAUUGGCUCCAUUAUGGGCAGAAGAAGAAACUUAUCGUAUUGAUCAUUACCUCGGAAAAGAAAUGGUCAAGAAUCUUUUAAUUAUUCGGUUUGCAAAUGUAUUCUUUGGCUCUAUUUGGAAUCGACAUUCUAUUGCCAAUAUUCAAAUAACUUUUAAAGAAACUAUCGGAACUGAAGGUCGAGGUGGUUAUUUUGACGAGUUUGGUAUCAUUCGUGAUGUUAUGCAGAAUCAUUUACUGCAAAUUUUGAGCAUCGUUGCUAUGGAUACACCUGUUUCCUUGGAUGCUGAAGAUGUUCGUGAUGAAAAGGUUAGAGUUCUUCGAUGUAUCCAACCGGUAAAAUCGGAAGAUACUAUACUUGGUCAAUAUGUCAAAUCAGAAGAUGGAUCUAAACCUGGAUAUUUAGAUGAUGAGACUGUACCAAAGGAUAGCAAUUGUCCUACCUUUGCUGCUGCUACGCUUUGGAUUAAUAAUGAACGUUGGGAAGGUGUUCCUUUUAUUCUAAAAUGUGGCAAAGCAUUGAAUGAAGCAAAAACUGAAGUACGUAUACAAUUUCGGGACGUCCCCGGAAGUAUCUUCAAAGAUGCCGCAC